CCCUGAUUGGUUGAUUUCCAUACUCAUAACUAUUUUAAAUGACAUUAUUACUAUCGAUAAUUCAGUUUCUGGUGACUACAGGAAUGCUGAGGUUUUCUACAGUAUGUCAACUUUACGUAGUCUACAUUUCAAUCUACUGCAUACUAUACUGUCAAGGUCUAGUUCCAGCGCCGGCUAGACGACAUUCAACAGGGAUAUAUCAUCAUCUUGAUGAAAAGUUAACUUAUGACAAUCCACAUGAAAAUUGUUACAUACUCAUGGAGGCAUUGAGACGAUUCGAACAACGUCUUUUAUUAUCACGUCAAUAUCCUAUUGAAAAGGUUACACUGUCUAAUAAAACAGUUAAUAUAAUCAAAAUUCAACUGAAUAAAAUCUGUGAUGAAUCACAUAAUAGACUAUGGCCAUCCGAAUCAAUGAAUGAGUCGUAUUCAUUGUGGAUACUUGGUGAGAAGAUUGUAAUUGACUCUGAAGAAGUAUGGGGAAUAUUACACGGAUUGGAGACAAUACUUCAGUUAGUUUAUCGAAGUCCAAUGGAGACGAAUGUGAUUGAAGGGGGUAUAAUAUUUGACGCUCCAUUAUAUUCUCACAGAGGAUACCUAAUCGACAGUUCAAGGCAUUACUUAUCAACAAAUGAAAUAGUAAAAUUUAUCGAUGCCAUGGCAAUGGUGAAGAUGAAUGUCCUCCACUGGCAUUUGGUCGACGACGAAUCGUUUCCAUAUGUAUCAAAAACCUUUCCUCAACUGUCACUGAAGGGUGCAUAUCAUCCACAUCUUUUAGUCUAUACACCAAGUGAUGUAAAAUACAUACUGAACUAUGCUCGUUUACGCGGAAUACGUGUUAUGCCGGAAUUCGAUACUCCAGGUCAUGUAGGUUCCUGGGGUAAAGGGCAUCCAGAGGUGUUAACACAGUGUUACACAGAUCAGAAGCCAAAUUCUCGUCUUGGUCCAGUCAAUCCAGUCAGCAAUUACUCUUAUAAAUUCAUGUCAGACCUAUUCGAAGAGUUGCUGGAUGUAUUCCCUGAAAACUUGUUCCAUUUAGGUGGUGAUGAAGUAGAUCGAAGUUGCUGGAUGUCAAAUCCUUCAAUAAGUGAAUUUAUGAAGAAGAUGCAGUUCGGGGAUGAUUAUCGUCGUCUAGAAGUCUAUUACAUUGAACGUUUAAUGCAGACUAUUAAAGAUAUUAAACCACAUGGACAAAGAAUUACACCAGUUGUAUGGCAAGAAGUAUUUGAGAAUGGAUUCCGAGGUGAUAAAUCAACUAUAGUUCAUGUAUGGAAGAGUACCUUUUGGGAAAUUGUGGUAAAAAUUGCAACACGAGCAGGUUAUAGAGUGUUGCUUUCUUCUCCUUGGUAUUUGAAUCUAAUAUCGUAUGGUACUGACUGGAAAAAUUACUAUCUCACCAAUCCAAGAGUUUUUGCAGCGACCGAAGAAGAGAAGAAGCUUGUUAUCGGAGGAGAAGCGACUAUGUGGGGUGAAUAUGUUGACAAUACAAAUUUAUUCAGUCGAUCAUGGCCUCGUGGUGCAGCAGUAGCGGAACGACUAUGGACAGAAUAUGAUAAACCUGACACAAAUGAAUUUGCUUCAAGACUAAAAGAACUCCGAUGUAGAAUGCUGAGUCGUGGCUUGAAUCCGGAGCCAAUCAAUGGACCAGGAUAUUGUCCUGUAUAAUCAACGGCCAGUUUUGAAUAGUCGUUUUCUUCAAAAAUUCGAUUAUACAUAUUUCCUUCAUUGAUUGUUCAUGCAUUCACUGUUACCGAUAUUAUUUUGAUAAUUGAAUUAUAACAUGAACAUUUUUACUUUUGAACAAUAUUUAUUGAAGGCGUUGAUUUUAUCCUCAUUUCGGAAUUGUUAUACAAGCUGAAUUGACGAGUGAUCAAAGUAAAAUUAAAAUAAAAUAUUCCCA